UUGCAACCAAAUGCUGAACCUGAGCUUGUCAUCUCUGCUUCCAGAUAGAAACCAUAAUGAUAUUGGCAAACAAAACUGGCCAGAGAGAGAGAUCUAUUAUUGUGUGAAUUGUGUGUUAUUGUAUUCAGAAAAAAAAACCCAACAUUCUGAUUAUUAACAUCAUAACAUUUUCUGCCUCAUUUGCUAAAGGUAUAUUUCUAUCACAGAGAAAACUGCAAAUCAGACAGAAUGUUUUUUGCUACCAUCUUUGUUCUUCUUGCAGUCUCUGCUUUAGCUGACUCCCAGUCUCAGCUCUACUCGUUCUCCUCACCCGUGGGCUCAGGAAGCGGCAGCCCUUACACUAUCACUGGAGAGGGAAGGAUCACAGCAAUAAGAGUGUGGGAGUACUACUCUAACUACAUUAGAGGCUUCCAGUUCCGGUACGGCUUCAUCUGGUCCCCAGUUGCUGGCUACCAAUAUGGUCAGCCUCAGGAGAUGGAGUUGCGUGACGGCGAAGCCAUUGUCCAGAUCUCUGGGAAACAUGCCCACUACCUGCAGUCAGUGGUGUUCACCACCAACAUGGGCCGCUCCCUGUAUGCAGGCCAGCCAAGUGGCCACUCCUUCAAUAUGUAUCCCACCAACGCCCAGGCUGAGCUGCGUUUCAUCAGCGGCCGUGUCCAUGGAGGCAUCACCUCUAUCGGGGCACACUGGGCUGUUGCUGAUCCAACUUUCAACAGCACAGCUGGGCAUUGAGGAGACUAGAGAGGAGUUAGUUGCAAAGUUUCCAAAAUUUCUAAACAAAAGAGUCUCAUUUAAUCACAGGUACUUCAAUGGAUGUUCUGUAGUAGUGUUUCCAUUCAUUUCUGUGUGAGUGAGUACCACCAUAUAAAUCAUUAAUAAUUUCUGAUAUUGCCUCUUGUUCCUUCUUUGUUCUUCUGUUGGUAAAUUGAUCAUUUUUAUUACUAAAGUGUCAUUAUCUUAUGUUCUUUUAUCAGGCCAGUAAAUUGUAAUGCGUUUCACUGUAACUCUCAAUAUUUCCCAGUAUGAAUGACUACAUGAAACAUACAAGUUACUGAAUAAAGGCAAAUUCAAUGUCACUUUGUCACAUCUUGAUUCAUCAUGUGUCUGUAAAAAGAGGAACGUCUGAAGAAAUAAUGGGCAGGACUGUAAUGUAUUUUAUUACAGUAAUGAAUAAAUAGCUAAAGGUCGUAAAGCUUUGGCCGCCUGGUUAGCUCAGUUGGGAGAGCAUGAGAUUCACAUCUCUCUGGGUUGUGGGUUUGAGCCCCACUCUGGACGGCACCACCUCCCAUGGGCUCACCACCUGUGGGAGGUGCUGUAGGACUUCGGUGCAUUGUGGACCCAGAUAAGCGGCAGAUGAUGACAUGACGUGACAAGGUGACACUUUGCUCGUUACUCCAGCACUGAACUGGAGUUACGAGCCUCUUAACAAAGUGUAUGAAGAUAACAGGUUAGCCAGUUGUUCACAUGGGUCAGUUCACUUCUGUAUUAAUGUAGUUGGCAGACGUUCAUUCUCUACAUGUAUGUAUUUUCUUCAGAGGCCACAAAACACAAGGUGCAGUUGUUUUUCAGGGACUUGUUAGUAUCAUUAUGAGUUUUGGGUGUUGGGAAAAAUUCUGCACAUCAUGUUCUACAUUAUUGUGUGGAACCUCCGUAAAGCUAGCUGCUGAGUUUAGGUGCUACACAUAGGUUGUUUUCUUUUUUAAGUAUGGGAGAGUGAUUGUGACAGGACAUUAAAGCUAGUCGACUGGAGGAAUCAGUGAAUGUAAUCAUGACACCAUUCUCAACAAAUACUGCUGACAUUUUGUCAUAGCAGAAUCUUUUCUUUAAAUUAAGCUGUUAGUGACUUAUGCAAGUUAAUAAAACCUGCAUCUAAAAAAGAUCUUACGUUUUUUCUUUUCUCAUCUUGCUGUA